CCCCCGGAAGUGAAACUAAAAGGCUCCAGCAGCAGCGUGCGUGGACUCAGCAGGAAGACGGUUGUGUUGUGGAGUGUCAGCUGAAUCUCUGCGUAGUUUCAGCAACAAUGUCUUCAGUUCAGCAUCUGAGAGAGUUUAUCAGAGAGCGACUAACUGCUGCUGCUGAAGAAAUCUUCUCAGAGGUUGAGAAAACCAUCGUCCGCUACGAGGAAGACGCCAGACGGCUGGAAAGCUGCUGGAGACCCCAGAUAAAACUCCCCAGAAUCGACCUCCACAAGCCACAUGUCUCCAUGGAGGAGGAAGCUUCUGCCAUCCAACAUCUCUGCAACCAGAGGAGAAGGUCCAGUCAUGACCAGGAGGAAGCAGAACCUCAGUGUUCUGAAGAGAAACAGAUGGAACCAGAACCUCCUCUGACUGAAGAACAAGGGGAACCAGAACCUCCUCUGAUUAAAGAACACGUGGAGCCUGAGUCUUCAUGGGUUAAAGAGGAACAAAUGGAACCAGAACUUCCAGUGAUUGAGGAAGAAAAUGAAGAACCUGAUUUUUCAAGGCUCAAACAUGAACAGCAGGAUACUGAACAUUUACCAACUAGAAUGUAUCAGGAGGAUGUCUGCAGCAGUCAGGAGGGAGAGCAGCUUGUCCAGAAGCAGUCUGUUGCUCUAAUGGAGACCUUUACCCUUCAGGAACAUGAAGGAGAACCAAGAACUGAGCAGCUUUCCUUUCAUAUCUCUCCUGUAGUUCAGACCAAAGACCAGGAAGGAAGCAGCUCCACUGGGUCAGAGAGUCAGUCUCCUACUGACACAAAGAAAGGGUCAUUUAAAUGUGACAUUUGUGGGAGAUCCUAUAAGACAAAGUAUAACUUGAAAGUCCAUUUUCAAACACACACUGGAGAAAUACCUUUUUCUUGUGAAUUAUGUGGAAAAGGUUUCUUUAGACGUGAUAAAUUAAAACUACACCUGAGAACUCACACAGGUGAGCGGCCUUUUUCUUGUGAGACAUGUGGAAAAACAUUCUUUCAAAUUCAUCACUUAAACAAACACAAGAAAAGUCAUACAGAUGAAAGGUCCUUUCCUUGCCAAAUAUGUGGAAAAGGUUUCUCUACAAUUCAUCGGCUAAAUGUCCACAAAGAAAUUCAUACAGACCUCCAGAAGCCACAUGUCUCCAUGGAGGAGGAAGCUUCUUCCAUCCAGCAGCUCUGCAACCAGAGGAGAAGGUCCAGUCAUGACCAGGAGGAAGCAGAACCUCAGUGUUCUGAAGAGGAACAGAUGGAACCAGAACCUCCACUUAUUAAAGAAGAACACGUGGAGCCUGUGUCUUCAUGGGUUAAAGAGGAACAAAUGGAACCAGAACUUCCAGUGAUUGAGGAAGAAAAUGAAAAACCUGAUUUUUCAAGGCUCAAACAUGAACAGCAGGAUGCUGAACAUUUAGCAACUAGAAGGGAUCAGGAGGAUGUCUGCAGCAGUCAGGAGGGAGAGCAGCUUGUCCAGAAGCAGCCUGUUGCUCUAAUGGAGACUUUUACCCUUCAGGAACAUGAAGGAGAACCAAGAACUGAGCAGCUUUCCUUUCAUAUCUCUCCUGUAGUUCAGACCAAAGACCAGGAAGGAAGGAGCUCCACUGGGUCAGAGAGUCAGUCUCCUACUGACACAAAGAAAGGGUCAUUUAAAUGUGACAUUUGUGGGAGAUCCUAUAAGACAAAGUAUAACUUGAAAGUCCAUUUUCAAACGCACACUGGAGAAAUACCUUUUUCUUGUGAAACAUGUGGAAAAGGUUUCUUUAGACAUGAUAAAUUAAAACUACACCUGAGAACUCACACAGGUGAGCGGCCUUUUUCUUGUGAGACAUGUGGAAAAACAUUCUUUCAAAUACAUCACUUAAACAAACACAAGAAAAGUCAUACAGAUAAAAGGCCCUUUCCUUGCCAAAUAUGUGGAAAAGGUUUCUCUACAAUUCAUCGGCUAAAUGUCCACAAACAAAUUCAUACAGACCUCCAGAAGCCAGAUGUCUCCAUAGAGGAGGAAGCUUCUGCCAUCCAACAGCUCUGCAACCAGAGGAGAAGGUCCAGUCAUGACCAGGAGGAAGCAGAACCUCCACUUAUUAAAGAAGAACAUGUGGAGCCUGUGUCUUCAUGGGUUAAAGAGGAACAAAUGGAAAAAGAACUUCCACUGACAGAGGAAGAAAAGGAAAAACCUGAUUUUUCAAGGCUCAAACAUGAACAGCAGGAUCCUGAACAUUUACCAACUAGAAUGUAUCAGGAGGAUGUCUGCAGCAGUCAGGAGGGAGAGCAGCUUGUCCAGAAGAAGCCUGUUGCUCUAAUGGAGACCUUUACCCUUCAGGAACAUGAAGGAGAACCAAGAACUGAGCAGCUUUCCUUUCAUAUCUCUCCUGUAGUUCAGACCAAAGACCAGGAAGGAAGCAGCUCCACUGGGUCAGAGAGACAGUCUUUCACUGACACUAAGAAAAUGUCAUUAAAAUGUGAUGUUUGUGGGAAGUCUUUGAAGCACAUGAGUCAAUUGAAAAGGCAUUACAGAAUCCACACAGGUGAGAGGCCUUUUGUUUGUCAGACAUGCGGAAAAAGUUUCACUCAGCUGAAUAAUUUAAAUAGUCACAAGAGAAUCCACACAGGUGAGAGGCCUUUUUCUUGUCAGACAUGUGGAAAAAGUUUCUCUCACUUAAGUACUUUAAAAAUUCACAUGAGAACCCACACAGGUGAGAGGCCUUUUUCUUGUCAGACAUGUGGAAAACGUUUCAAUCGACGGAGUAUUUUAAAUGUUCACAUGAGAAUCCACACAGGUGAGAGGCCUUUUUCAUGAGGAAUAUUUGGACAAAGCUUCGCUCAAGGCGGCAGUUUGAAUCUUUACAUGAAAUGAAAACAUAAAAGUAAGAAGUAGUCUUUUUUUUCUACAAAUAGUAAAAAUAUUAAAACUCUUCCUACUAGUUUUCCGACCAGAGACCCUAUGCUGCCACCUUCUGUAUUGGAGUCUCGUCUUUUCUAUAAACUUAAAAUCUGCCUUGUAUAUUAAGUCGGUUUUAUAGAUUUGAACAAUGUUUUACAAUUAGUUUUUUCACCUAAAAAAUAUCUACACAUGCAAAGUUUGAAUGUUUUUCAGUUAGCUGUUGAGAUGUUUUAUGUUCUGAUAGUUUAAGUUAGCAAACUCAUUCAUUGUUUUAACUCCUAAUUGUACGUUACUGGUAGGAACCAAAAAUAAAGUACAAGUAUAAUUCUG